AUGGUGCUGCGGCUGGCAUGCGGAUUGUGGCUGCUCGCGGCAGUGUCGAUGGCGCUCCCAGAAGUCGGCGAACACAGCAAGUCGGCGAAACACAGCGAUUCCUCGGCUCCCAUGCAAGAGCGGUGGAGGCGCAAGAAAGCGGGCGGUGGUGGCUCGGUCGCCGACUUGACGAGCAAAUUUGAAACGAACAGCAUCAAGCCCACACCUGUCAAUCCGGUCGCUCCGCCUCGCCGCACCUCGCUCGCUCGAGGGGAAAAACCGCUGCUUAGCACCCACCAGGAGCCCACGCCGACCGACCCGGGGACGCCACGGUACGGCACGGCAGGGCGGGAGGCGCCGCCGCCGUCCUCCACCGGCGCGGCGGCGGACGAGCUCGGAGACGCGGCCGUGGCGGAGCUGGCGGAGCUGGCGGCCGAGGCGGCGCGCCUAGCUGCCGAGGCGACGCUCUCGCUCGAGGCGUCGCUGGCGGUGGAGACGGCCAAGUGGCGGCUGCGCGCGGCGGUGGGGGGCGAGGGCGGCAAGCCGCGCUGCGCUCUCUCCGAGCUGCACGACGCCAUCUGCUCCGCGCGGGCCGCUGACGCGGGCCGCGAGUCACAGCUGGCGGCCCGCGCAGAGAAGGCGGCGGCGGCCGCGGUGUCGUGCGUGCUCGAGGCCAAGAGGGAGGUGAUCGACCCGAACAUGAAGGCGCUCAAGGCGCACCUGCAGCGCUUGCGCGAGGAGGAGGUCGGCACCGCCGUCGGCUCGAUGGCUUCGGGCGCGCUCCGCUCGGUGACGCGCGCAAAGGCGCUGGCGAUCCAGCGCUGCCUGAUGGCGGUGCUCGACGAUGUGGAGCAGCAGUUCGUGGGAGGGAUGGAGCAGGCCUCCCGCCCCGGGCUGUCCCAUCCCUUCCGCAAGCGGGCGGUGGCGCGCGCCCUGUGCGCGACCGCCGUGCACGCGCACCGGCUCGAGAUGGAGGCCGAGUACGCGCUGCCCGACAUCGAGCAGGAGCUGCGCGAGCGGAUGGGGGCGCGCGAGCUUCCCGAGCUCAAGACGCUCGGCAUGGACAGCGGCAAGCCGCCGAGCAUGGAGCAGGCGCCCCUCUCCUUCCUCGCCGCGGUCGUGAUGGGCUCGGCCGGCCUCGGCGUGCCGGCCCCCGUCUCCGACUGGCUCUGCGUGCAGGUCGGCCGGUACCUCGACCCGUUCAUCGACGGCGACGUCGAGCCGCAGCUCUACGAGAAGCGGUCGGCGGGCCUCUUCAUGACGCGGCUCGAGCGGGCGUGGACGGACCCGGCCGUCUCCACGCAGGAGCUCGAGAUGCGCGCAAAGUGCGGCGCCUCCAACAAGCUACCCGUCUCGCCGGCGGUGGCCCUGACGGCGUACGUGAGCCACUGCAUCACCAAGAUGAACAUGUGCAUGGGCUUCUCGCGGCAAAUCCCGGGGAUGGACCGGCAGCCGCUCGGCGCGGGCUUGCAGGAGCGGCACGUGAAGCAGCUCGGCGCCGCGCUCGUCGCCGCCAUCGCACGCGACUUUGCGGCGCCGCACCGCUCCAUCGCCAGCCUGCCCAUCACCGCAAACGUGGUGAAGGAGCUCGCGCAGGCGCACCUGCGCGCGUGCGUGCUGUACCAGAACGAGCUGUCGAACGCGCUCGCGCGCACAAAUGUGGAGGGCGAGGAGGCGCGGAGGAAGGAGCGGAUGCUCAUAUGGGGGGUUUGA